AUGAAUUCUAAUGUUUUGCAAGAAGAAACUGCAAAGUUGAUACAAGUCUAAGACGUAGAAGGCAUACCUGAAGUAAUAGAUUAUGGUAAUAAUAAUGAUUAAAGGUAUUUUUGAUUUUAAGAAUAGAUAUUUUUUAGCGACUUAAACUUUAGGUCCUUCUUUUAGUUAGAUUAUGAAAAUAAAUGGAUAAUUUUCUUUAAAAAAUGUGUUAUUGAUUGGUAUUUAACUAAUAAAGCUAAUAUAAAAAAUGCAUGAUAAAAAAUAUAUUUUGAGUAAUAUACUACCAUGCAAUUUCUGUAUGGGAUGUGAGUUAGAAGAUAAAUUAAUAUAUUUAAAGGAUUUAACUUUUGUAUAAAGCAAAGAAAGCAAUAUAAAAGUUCUAAAGUUUCCAAUUAAAGAAUUUAAUUUUAUAAGUCCAGUACUUAAUAUUGAGAAAGGAACGAAUUAGAUUGAUGAACUUUAUAGUUUGGCAUACUUAUUAAUAUAUCUAAUUCAUGGUAACUGAAAAUAUCAAUCUUUAAUAGGAACUUUACCUUGGUAAUAAAUUGACCAAUUGAUCAGCGAAAAAUAAUUUUAUGAAUUAUAAAAGUAUAAAUUAAAAGUUACUUUUGAUUAAUCAUUUUUGGAACAACAAUCAUCAGUUUUUGGAGAAUGGUUUAAGUAUUUAAGUACUUUAAAAUAAAGCUAACAUCCAAAUUAUAAUUAUUUAAAAAAUAUUCUAAUUUCUAAAAUUUAUGAAAAUGGAUGGAAACCUAAUGAUUAAAUCGAAUAUAGGAAUGAAUAAGUGAUUCAUAGUUCUAAAUCAAUUGUAUCUAUAAAAAGCAGAAGUAGAGGAACCUCUAUAACAAAGACUCCCAAUUAAAGAAUGAUUGAAACAUUGAGCCCAAUAUUAGAAGUUGAUAAAGAAUUCGAGUUAGCUCAGUCAGUUUAAAAGCAAAAUGAGGAAUUAUUUAUUUUUUAGAAGUUUUAGAACAUAAAAAAAUUAAUAGAAGAUUAAUAACAGACUGAAAACAAUUUAAGUUUUACUUCAAUUGGAUAGAAUGAGUGUGAGAUGUGGAAGAAACUGGAGACAUUAGAAAACUUAUCAAGGCCAAUUUAUUUAAUGAAUAAGUUCGAAAAAAUGUGA